UGUCCGCCACUGGCAGGUUAUGACCGGGGUUAAAAUCCCGGAGAGCAGCCCGCUGGUCCGGUGACAGAGAGGGGAAGGACAGCUGGAGCUGGCGGGGCUAACAGAGCUAAACAGCGGCUAGCGGUCCGAGGUAUUGAGCCUGCAGGCUAGCUUAGCAUGUAGCCUGAGCUAGCCUCCAGUUAGCCUCUGUUAGCUGCAGCGUUCGGCUCUGGUGGGACUCGGUCAUACGUUUUAUUAAUAUUGUUACGAUGAUAAUUUGGUUACAGACGCUUUAAUCAGGGCGGUUGGAGCUAAGUGGGCCCAGAGGAAGCUGCUGUCCGUACAAGGCCAGCCUGUUUGCUCUCAGCUAGCAUGUAGCUUCCAUUUAGCCUCUGCUAGCCUGAACUAGCCUCUGCUAGCCGCAGCGUUUGGCUCUGACAGGAUAGACGCGGUCCGGAUGGGCCGGUGGUUCUGUGGAUGUUCUGCUCAGAUGAUCUGGAGGACUAGUUCUCAAACCGGAGCUAAUUUCUAUUUAACCCUGCCCAGGAGAACCGCAGGGGGUCAAGGAGCCAACAUCUGACGCCCAGCUAGGGCCAAACAUCUGUAGGGGUCACACUAGUUGGUUUGCUCAUACAUGCUGUGAGUGCAGCUAACAGCAGCAGAUGUAUGUGGUCAGGUGUGCAUGCUGCACCUGAGUGACGUCAUAAUGAAUGAAGGACACAGAAAGCCAAUGUGGAUACCUGUGCUUACCUCACGUCUGCCAAGAGGCCAUUGGCUGAAUCCACAGUCCUGUCAGAGAGCUGCUAGCUUAGCCUGAACACUCCCCAGGAGUCUGAGAGUGAGUCACAUGCUGCUGAGGGAGACGUUCAUCUGAGUGAGGAGGUGUGACCCCGUUGCUAGGAGGUGUGACCCCGUUGCUAGGAGGUGUGACCCCGUUGCUAGGAGGUGUUGUGACCCCGUUGUUAGGAGGUGUUGUGACCCCGUUGUUAGGAGGUGUUGUGACCCCGUUGUUAGGUGUGGUGACCCCGUUGUUAGGAGGUGUGACCCCCGUUGUUAGGAGGUGUGACCCCGUUGUUAGGUGGUAUGGUGACCCCGUUGUUAGGAGGUGUUGUGACCCCGUUGUUAGGAGGUGUGACCCCGUUGUUAGCUGGUGCGACCCCGUUGUUACGUGGUGCGGUGACCCCGUUGUUAGGCGGUGUGGUGACCCCGUUGUUAGGUGGUGUGGUGACCCCGUUGUUAGGAGGUGUUGUGACCCCGUUGUUAGGUGUUGUGACCCCGUUGUUAGGUGUUGUGACCCCGUUGUUAGGUGUUGUGACCCCGUUGUUAGGUGGUGUGGUGACCCCGUUGUUAGGAGGUGUUGUGACCCCGUUGUUAGGUGUUGUGACCCCGUUGUUAGGUGUUGUGACCCCGUUGUUAGGUGUUGUGACCCCGUUGUUUGGAGGUGUGACCCCGUUGUUAGGUGGUGUGGUGACCCCGUUGUUAGGAGGUGUUGUGACCCCGUUGUUAGGUGUUGUGACCCCGUUGUUAGGUGUUGUGACCCCGUUGUUAGGUGUUGUGACCCCGUUGUUAGGUGUUGUGACCCCGUUGUUAGGUGUUGUGACCCCGUUGUUAGGAGGUGUUGUGACCCCGUUGUUAGGUGGUAUGGUGACCCCCGUUGUUAGGUGGUAUGGUGACCCCGUUGUUUGGAGGUGUGACCCCGUUGUUUGGAGGUGUGACCCCGUUGUUAGGAGGUGUUGUGACCCCGUUGUUAGGUGUUGUGACCCCGUUGUUAGGAGGUGUUGUGACCCCGUUGUUAGGUGUUGUGACCCCGUUGUUAGGAGGUGUGACCCCGUUGUUAGGAGGUGUUGUGACCCUGUUGUUAGGAGGUGUGACCCCGUUGUUAGGUGGUGUGGUGACCCCGUUGUUAGGAGGUGUGACCCCGUUGUUAGGUGGUGCGGUGACCCCGUUGUUAGGUGGUGUGGUGACCCCGUUGUUAGGAGGUGUGACCCCGUUGUUAGGAGGUGUGACCCCGUUGUUAGGAGGUGUGACCCCGUUGUUUGGAGGUGUGGUGACCCCGUUGUUAAGAGAUGUGGUGACCCCGUUGUUAGGAGGUGUGACCCCGUUGUUAGAAUGUGUUACCCCGUUGUUAGGUGAUGAGUUGUCGGCCAGAACUUUGGGGGGGGGGGGGGCGACGGUGAAGUCGACCUGCUUCUCGCUUCAAAGUAUCCAUGUAUUUUUGCCUGUUUUUUCCCUGCCAUUCACUAUAUGCACGCGAAAAAGCCAAACUCACGCUACCGCCUCGCGGUUCUGGCAUGGUUCUGAUGCAGUUCUGACGAGGUUCUUGCAUGGUCCCGAUAAGAACAUCUCCGGUCCAGACACUGAUCAGCAUCGCUGCAUGAUUCUCUUAGCUCUUAGCAGUAAUUAUUUUAUGGGAUUCUUCAUAAAUAAAAUUGAUUCCAUUAAAAAUAAAACAAUUGG